GCAGGGUCCCUCCGUUUGUGAUGUGCAGUUCAGAUAAUACUAUCCAACAACAACUAUCCUCACUCCUCUUCCAGUUGUGCUUAAAAAUCCCCUCACAAGCAUUUGCUCUGGAAAUAUGCUCAAACCAAAGUGCUGUGACUGUAAAACCUCCCACUACACACCUCAGUUUCCACUGCAGAGUCUAACUAAGUUGGCUAAAUCCUCCCUGUGCCCUAUGAUCCAUUAAGCCUUGAGUUAAUCAUGAAGUUGUGUACCAUUAGCUUGAGCUGAGUGGAUUGUAUUGAUACCACCAAAUAGUUGCCCACUGAGGUCACAGUGAACACAGCUGAAGCGAUCAAUCAGACACCAGUCCCAAAGUAGCCGAUCUAUCAGAACUGAUAAGAAAAGCUGUGUCAUAGUGUCAGUGUGUGAAUGUAGAGAUGUCAGCAUUAGCGAAUUCCUUAAAUGACAUAUGAUAACAAAACUAUGAGAGGAAAAUUCAGUGUAUAAUAGCAGUGAAUAUUAAUGGGAUUCUGAAACAUUAAUUGAUUUUUGAUGGCAUGAUAAGAGUGGCAGCAUUCGACAUCUUUGUUACUGUCACCCACUGUAUAAGUCCAUCUCAAACUGUCUCUCCGCCCUCAGCCUGUUUGUUCCUAUUGAAGUUACAACAGUGUGUGUGUUCAUGUUAAUGAGAGAACACGUCACCCAGUGCAUCAAUGGGGCUCAUUGAUGUGUUUUGAAACAAUGGAGCACUGUGGCACAGAGGAAUAGGACAUGUCAGCCAUAGUGGUGUCAGUGGUUUGGAUCUGCACAGGGAACGAUAAGAGGAAAAUACUACCUGUCAUCACGUGAGAGGCUGUUCUGGUCCUGACAGCUCAAAAGUUCAGGAAACUGUUCAUUCUUACACCAAAACCUUUUCAGCAGUGCCACCAAGUGACAGAAUACCUGUACUGCAAUUCAUUCAUUCAUUGUGGUCAAAGUGCUACACAAACAAAUACUAGAUUAGUUGAAAACUAAUUAACUGAAGAAAAAAGACAUAGUUGAAUAAAUCAAUUCAAAUCUAUGCUACUGAUUCUUGAGAGUGGUGGGUUUACAUUGAAUAUGGUUACAAACAAAUUACAGGGUGGCAUCUCUCAACAUUGUCAAACUGUAUAGCUUUAGAUUUUUUUUUUUUAAGGCAAAAGACUUGAAAUUUAUCAAAAAUGUAACUGAACAGCAAAAUAACAACACAUAAAUAUCACAUCCAGAAUCAUAUGCACAUGCACACAGGUGUUUUCUCUUCAUUAUGUCCGGGUCAACCUCUGCUCAGGUAGAAGCUAAGUGGAGCUAUGCUGUGAGUGUACGUGUAACUUCUCUCACUCAGGUGCAGCCAAACUAAAGGGAGGGUCAGAGAGACGAGAUCACACCCACAAAGAUGUCCGAUCAGGCGGUGAUAAGCCAGGCUAUUCAGCAUCUUUGAGCAGCAUAUUGAAGAUAAAGAUCAUCCAGGGCAGCGGGUGGCAGUGAAGAGAAAAGGUUUGCUGCAGGAACGGGAAGAUAGGCCUGAGAGUUUUCCUUCUUCUCCAUAACUGUUUACUUUGCAGUCCACCGCCUGUGACAUCAGAACCUGGACUAUAUAAAUGAAUGGAGGUAGGCCUUAAUAAAUACAGCUACACAAAGUGAGGGAGAUCGAACAAAAGAAGGAGCAUAGAGGACAGAGAUGAUGAAGAUGGACAGAAGAGACACCCAUCUUUUUUGCUCUUUGUUGUUGUUGUUGUGUAUCAUCACUCAGGUGUUGUGCCAGCUGUGUACGGGGCCAUGUCAGUGCCCGCCCACCGUGCCACGCUGCCCUGUUGGUGUUCCUCUGAUGUUAGAUGGCUGUGGGUGCUGUCAGGUGUGCGCCAGGCAGGAGGGUGAGGUCUGCACCGACCGGCUGCCCUGUGACACCCACCGAGGCCUGCAGUGUGACUACAGCGCCAGCUUCCCUGGAGGGCCGGGACAGUGUGUUGGUCAGAAUGAGCUGGGCUGUGAAAUAAAUGGCAGGAGGCUUGAGGAGGGGCAGGUUUUUCAACCUUCCUGUGCCCAGCUCUGCCACUGCCUGGGGGGAGGGGUGACCUGCGUGCCUCUGUGCAGCGAUGAUCUACUUAAGCCAGCUGAUGAGUGCCCCAACCCUCAGCUGGUGAGACCAGCAGGGCGCUGCUGCAGAGAGUGGGUGUGUGACGGCAUGGACAACAGCAUUUCCCCAAAUCCACCAGCAGAACCGACUCGUCAGGACUACGAGGGUGGAUUGUCUGGCCCUUUGUUUGGCUCCAUCUCCAACUGUAUCAGUUGGACAUCAGACUGGAGCCCUUGCUCCCACAGCUGUGGCCCAGGUGUCUCCAUGCGCACCACUAACAGGAACUGGGCUUGUCGCCUGCAGACUGAGACCAGACUGUGCCAGGUCAGGCCAUGCCAGACUUUGCUGCCGGGGCUUCGAAGGCUGCAGCCGGGUUCAGGACUAUGUGAGAGCACCUACAAAUCACCUCUGUCCAUUCAGCUUGAACACCAGGGCUGCUGGAGCACCAGAGCCUACCGUCCCAGAUUCUGUUCAGUGACCUGUCCGGAGGGCCGAUGCUGCAGCCCUUCCCACACCAGGACAGUGCAGAUGGUUUUCCGCUGCCCCCGAGGCAGGCUCACCCAGCAGCAGGUGAUGAUGAUCGAGUCCUGUUCCUGCAGCAUCUCCUCCUGCCGCCAAUUCCCAGAUACAGCUUCCCAGAGUGUCCUGUCGUGGCUGUGAGCAGUAUGUGCAUCCAGCUACAAGAAAGAUAGGCAGGUCCUGUCUGUGAGGAGAUUGGAGGAUAAAAGUCAAAAAUACAACCACAGCAAUGUGGAAGUACAGGAAGUUGAGCCAGCAUUUCAAAAUCAUUGAAGUAUUACAAUCAGGAUGUGAAACUUAACGUUUGAUAAUAGCUGUUGAGAACAGUGUAUCCAGAUGAACAAAUACACAGAUUUAUAAAUGUGCGUUCGUAUUUGAAAGUCAGCACUUAGAUGUAUAAUUUAAAAACAGAAAGUAACCUGAUUUAUAUUUUGCCCCAUAAUUGCUAUGCUUCUACAAGUUUCAUAUGACCAUGUCUUAACAUUUGAAUCCUGUCAACUAUCUGGCAAACUCAAACAACUUUAGUUUGUACUUAGAUUGCCAAGUAUGUGUGCACGUGCCAGAUACAGUCUAAGGAAAACAUGACACAAGCAACUACAUAACCCUCAGUUUCCUGAAUAGAUAUUUUUAGGGGUUCACAAGUCAACCGAAAACCACUCAGUUUUAGCAGUUCCCCGCAGCUCUUGUUCUGGCGUCUUUCAUUCUUUCAGUUUUACUGAUGGGCGGCACAGUGCUGCAGUAGUUAUUCCCCAAAUGUUGCACAUUCAUCAGGUCACCGGAAACACAUCUCCCACUGAAUGUUACACGUGCUCAGUGUCUGCUAGGUAGCUGCUUGCACAUUCAUCACAAAGAAUUUAGAAGUUCAUAAUAUGUCAGUUUACUUAUUUCACCCAAAAUAUAAUUUCCUGUUUUAUUUUCUGUAUGUUUUCUUCAUUUCAUGAUAGUAGCCUUCAGUCUAUAGCUACAUUAAAUGGAAAUUGUUUUCACACAGUCGAAUCAAAACAUUUCAUUUCAACUGUAAGUCAGUGACGCUAACAGUCAGGCAGCUUCCUACAACACCACAAAAACUGAACCCCAUAACUGAAACCCUCAUUAGCUUUAAUGUCCUCUUAUCUCCAAGCAUGAUCACAUAACUUGGCUUGUUGAACAAGUCAUUAUACAAACAUUCACUGAGGCAAAAUUAGUUUGUACCAUAGACUGUAUAAUAAAAAGUGAAUGGGACACUGGAAUUGGAAUUAUGGCUUUAUCCAUCUUGUGUUUUUGGAGCCAAAAGUGACCAUAUGUGGAUGAGAUGUGAUAGCUGGGGAGCAUGCUGCACUUCUACUCUAACUGGAUCUGGCUGAGAACCAAAGGACAAGCAGUAGCAGUGACUUGUCAGUCACAAGGUUUUACUCUAAAUGAGAGACUAAUUUACCACAUGAACACUGUGCUGUAUUGAAAACUUGAAUCUAGUGACUAAGACCAUAAACUCAUCUGGAAAUUUUACUGAGAUAAUAAAUCAACCGAGAAGUAUGAUCAUUUUUCAUAAGCUUACAUAUAAUCAUACGUCCUUUGGAAACCAAUGGGGUCGCCCCGGCUGGUCAUUAGAAAGAAUGUAGGUUUUAGGCACUUCCUUAUUGGCUUCACUUUUCAGACCAUAAAUCCACUGUUUAUUCUGUCUAUGAUUUUCACCAGUGUUGGUUGCUUCUUGGCACCACUGUAAUCCUCUGCUUAUGUGUGGGCAGUCCUAGGUAAUGGUCUAAACCAGUGGUGUUGGUAGGGCUAUAUUCCAGAUCUCAAUGAAUGUCUGCCACAGACAGUGCAAAAUUUACAGAUAACUGCCCUUUGAUUUGGCGAUACAGAUGGUAAUAUAUGAAACUGAAAUGACUUGAUGAUAUAACAUUCACUUAUGCUUGUCCACUUUUUUCCAGUGUGCUACCAAGUUCUCAUUUGCAAAUUCUUGGAUGCAUUUUAAAUUUACAAAAAAGAUCUGAUGUGAUUUACAUAAAAAUGUAGUCAGGAACAGUAUUUGUUGUUGGUUAGGUCAUAAUAAUGUUUCUAAACUGAUAAAUGUUUAAUAAAACUGACAGUAUUUAUGGUUUUUAAAGUAGGCCUAUACAGUGAAUAUCAGAAUGACAUUUGGUUAUCUGAUUUAAAUAUUUGACUUCAAUCCACCACAGUGUAAAAGGUUAUUGCAUAAUCAUUGUUUAACAAGAGGGAGGGUGUCAAAUCACACGGGAGACAUUUAUAUAUUUUAAUACCCAUUUUAAUAGCUUGCUUGUAUCCUUAACCUUGUACAGCCCGGUCAUGCCAGGUAUGAUGUAAAUUACUUCGCAAAAAUAAAUGCUCUGAUUUGUUAUUUGCAAAUGUCUCUCUCUUUCUAUUUCCAAGCAU